AGCGCAGCGCAUAGGCAUUUUGAGCCAUAUCACAUCCCCUGGAGCACUGAACAAGCCAAACCGUCAAGAUGGUUUUCAUUUUGGGCGUGAACUUCCCCGAGCGAAACCUCGUCAAGAAAUCGCUUGAGUCCUUCUUCGGCAUCGGUAACUUGACCUCGACCCGUCUCCUUGCCCGCUUCCACAUCCACCCAACAUGCAAGGUUGGCGACUUGGCGAACAAGCAGGUCCUCGAUAUCACGGCCGCCUUGUCCGAUAUGAAGAUUGAGAACGACCUUCGCAGGCAGUACCUCGAUAACAUCAAGCGUCUGAAGGAGACGGGAACCUACCGUGGUCGGCGUCAUGCGCUCGGUUUGCCCGUUCGGGGACAGCGGACGAGGAGCCAGAUUAAAUCUGCUGUCAAGCUCAACCGUAUGGAAAGAAGACUGUGAGGUUAACAUGAUGAUUCAUUUCGACCCCAGUGGUCUUGCGGCUUCGUUUCAGUUGGGGCAUGGAAUGGCGUUAUAAACUUGCUUUUGUAAAUUAGUGUUCUGGCUUGACCGUCUCCACCCUGGAGAUGUAUUUUAUGUAGACAAUGAAACAUUGAGACUCUAAG